CAUGCAAAAGUAUGCUGCUGUCUUUCGUGCAGAAGAAACAUUGAAAAAAGGUUGUGCUUUGAUGGAUGACCUCUUUCAACAACAAAAAGAUCUUAAAGUAAAAUUUUAAAGAUUCUAUCAGGCACUAAUAGUCUUUAGUAAUCAAAUGAAUAUGUGGAGAAUAGAAACAAGAAGAAAUUCGGUUUCUAAUAGUCAUUUGUAGCUAUAUUAUCUAUUCACAUUCCGGAAAUAUAUUUUCAUUUUAUAAAUUCAUUUUUUUUUUUGAUUAUUCUAGAUUACUGAUCGUGGUAUUAUCUGGAAUACUGAUUUAAUUGAAACACUUGAAUUACAAAAUCUUUUACUCAAUGCCAUGCAAACAAUUUAUGCAGCCGAAGCACGUAAAGAAAGUCGUGGUGCACAUGCUCGAGAAGACUAUCCUAAUCGUAUUGAUGAAUAUGACUAUUCGAAUAUAGAACAGAAUCCGAUUGCUAAUCAGAAAAUGAAACCAAUCGAUCAACAUUGGCGUAAACACACCUUAUCAUACACUGAUCCAAACACGGGCAAAACGACACUUCGCUAUCGAUCGGUCAUUGACAAAACGUUGGAUGAGACACACUGUAAAACUGUACCACCAGCACCACGUGUCUACAUAGAUCCUUCUAAGAAGUGA